AUGUUAAGAACACGAAUGUUUGCAACUGCUGUUGCUCGAAUGUCUGGGAUUCGUAGGAAUUCUUUCGUCAAAACUAUAAACACGGUAACAAAGAGGAACAUUGCUAGAAUAGAAAAGUUGUAUGAAGUAUUUGAAGUUGAUCAUGACGGAUAUGGAGGGAAGAAACGCCUACCAACCAAAGAAUUGACUAAAUUGCUAUACACCACAAGCAGGGAUAUGCUGGUACACGUACCAAUAACUGGAGACUUGAGCACAGGAAAUAGUUUCGAAACGAGAAACGAGGCUUUACAAAAAUUGGGUGAACAACUCAUCCGUUUGGAAAUUAAUAAGAUGCUUACAAUAACAUUUACGAAUUUCAAUCAGUUUAAUAUAAUGAACAAGAACUUCAACUAUAUUCAUAAUUUAGAUCGACCUCGGGUGGUGAACUCGGAUUCGAUAAGCUGGCUUAUCAACAGUUCCUUGAAAAUUAAGCAGUUAGCUCAUUUGCGAAUACCUGCCAAUUUGCCAAAGGAAAUGGGUUUAGACUCCAGUUCUAAGGACUUCCAGAAUUUAAACGAUUGGAAAGUGAUAUUAUCCUUUAUUGGCUACCUGAAAUUACUGGAUAUUAAAAACGAUAACGAAAAAUUUAUUGAAUCAAUUACAAAAACUAUAUGCCUACCUCUAAUCAAUUUCCAUUUGCGUAAAUCAUAG